GGUAAAGCACCAUUUGCAGAGGUAUGAAUUGCGAUAAGACUUGAUGACUUGUUGUGAUAACAGCAAAAUUGUAGUCCAGUCACAAGAUCAUAAAAUAAUUGACCUGGCGUUAUGGAAAUGCUUUCAGUUAGUCUUGUAAAGAAAAAGCUUCCACAAGAUCAUAAAUAAUUGACCUGGCGUCGGAUGCGGUUUAAAUGAUGUGCAUUAUAAGUUGUAUAAUCUGCAGGCAAUGGAAACCAGGGGAAAUAUCAAUGCAUCUGCCCACAUAAUCUGCAUGUGGUUUGAAGAUAUUCCGGGGAAUUAGUUUCAUAUUAGAGGGGUUUAGGGAAGUAUUUCAACUAGAAGUAGAUAAGCACGAGGAAUUCGAUCAGACUUAGUUUUUCCUCCCUGCAAAACAUGCCUUGCUAACUAGUAAACUCAAAUUAUCUCAAAUGAAUGAUAUUUUCUUAUUUUCCAUUUUUUGGUCCCUGUUAUUUGUCAUUUUCUCAAGGCACCGAAUUCCAUGUUCCAUGACUUGGACAUGAUUGGACCAGUACAGGAUGCUAUGGUAACACAAUUGGACUCUUCUGUUAACCAAGAGGUCGCCAGUCAAGAACAUCACCAUCACUUAGAAGAGCCAGUAGGUGGUAUGUACACAACUUUAGUUGGCAGCCUAGUAGCCAAGUCUCCUAGUCAGCAACAUCACAGUCAUGUAGAGGUACUAGUUGGCAUGUAAUUACCAUCCUUUGGAGCUCUAUUUUUUUACUUUGGCAGCCACUCACUUAUUCAGCCAUUCAUCUGUGCAUCUGUGUGUCUUCCAUGGCGAUGCCCACUGCUCUCAAGGCCUUAACUUUCUUGUUUGUGCUUGCAGUUCUUGCACCAGAUCAGUCAGAAGGGCAGCAUCAUCAGCCUUAUUGUCCUUCUUUCUCUUGCGGCCCUUUUAGAAACAUAUCGUCUCCAUUUCGUCAGGCAAGUGAUCCACCUGGGUGCGGCUAUAAAUCUUAUGAGCUAGUUUGCGGUGAUACAAAGGCUACAAUUCGCAUCAACAACGUGACAUACUAUGUGUCUGCCAUCAACUACAGUGAUUCUUACUUCUGGGUAGUUGAUGCCGACAUGGAUUUAUACAGCAGCUACCCUCUACCUCGGUGGAAUCAGCCUCCCUCUUCCUUCUGGGAAGUUGAUCACAACAUGGAAGUCGAAUUGGACCCCCUUUCACGUAGACAGUCUUGCUUUAUUAAAUGCUAUCGGGAAGUAAAGGACCAUGGUAUGUACAUGCGUGUUGCUUGCCUUAGCACCAAUGAUACUUAUGUUUACGUGUUAACUGGUUAUGAUUCUUGUUCUAUGGAGUAUCUCCAGCCUUCUUGUGGGUAUUUGGCCAUGACUCCUUCAGCUUGUGACACUCCAUUUUGUGAGUACUACGAGCUACUAGAAAAUGCAAGUUAUGUAGAUGUUGUGAAAUCCAUGAGGAACGGAUUUGCCGUCAAAUUCCCUUUCUGGUAUGACAGGACGAGCAGAAGUAUCAAAGAGUGCAUAAUACGUCAGUUUCGCGACUUGCUGCAAGAGUGUAGUGAAGACGUCAGUAGUUGUGUUCAGCAAAUUCUUUUGGUCGAUGGAGAUUUCUGGUACUGCUCACUUCUUGCAACUGGAUUUAGUGAUGAUGCCUCAUCAAACAUACCAUUUGUCUUCUUCUCUGUCAAGUGGAUUGCUGUGCUAUGCAGGUUUGUGUUGGCACCACUGGCUGUGUUGAUCUUCCUCGCCCACAAGUAUUGGAAAACGAGGAUCACAGUCGAUGCUGUCGAGAAGUUCCUCCGAAUGCAACAGAUGCUAGGUCCAAUGAGGUAUGCCUACACUGACAUCACAGCAAUCACAAGCCAUUUCAGAGAUAAGCUCGGUCAGGGAGGCUACGGGUCUGUGUUCAAGGGUGUGAUAUUGCCAGGCAAUGUUCAUGUUGCUGUCAAGAUGCUAGAAGGCAAUCCUAACUGCAAUGGAGAAGAUUUCAUCAAUGAAGUCUCCACCAUCGGUAGGAUCCAUCACGUAAAUGUGGUGCGUCUCAUGGGAUUCUGCUCAGAUGAAAUGAGGAGAGCACUGGUUUACGAGUACAUGCCUCAAGGUUCUCUGGACAAGUACAUCUUCUCAGCCGAGAAGAGUUUCUCCUGGGACAAGCUCUCCGACAUAGCUUUGGGCAUUGCCAAGGGGAUCGACUACCUUCAUCAGGGUUGUGACAUGCAGAUUCUGCACUUUGACAUCAAGCCACACAACAUCCUUCUUGACAACAAUUUUGUCCCUAAAGUUGCUGAUUUUGGUCUCGCCAAACUAUACCCAAGGGACAACAAUUUUGUGCCAUCGAGAGCCCUACGGGGAACUAUUGGGUACAUAGCUCCUGAGAUGAUAUCACGGAGCUUUGGUGUCAUAUCGAGCAAGUCUGAUGUUUACAGCUUUGGGAUGCUGUUGUUGGAGAUGGCUGCAGGAAGAAGGAACGCCGAUCCGAAUGCAGCGAACUCGAGCCAAGCAUACUACCCAUCAUGGGUGUAUGAUAGACUAACUGAACAAGAAGUGUGUGAGAUAUCUCCCGUUGCUGGCAUGCAUGAGUUGGAGAGGAAGCUGUGCAUCGUUGGACUAUGGUGCAUCCAGAUGAAGUCUAAUGACAGGCCGACGAUGAGCGAGGUCAUAGAGAUGCUGGAAGGUGGCUUCGAAGGCCUGCAGAUACCUUCCAGGCCAUUCUUCUGCGACGACGAGCACACCACUGUUCCGGAUUCUUACCCUUUGUUAUCCGAGCUGACCGAGAUCUCGGAGGAGGAUGAGAUCUCAGAUUCUUAUGUUUCCCGGGUCCUAUGAACUUCUAUGUGGAAACAUGUAAUAAAAUCUAGCAGUUAAAGAGGAUAUAUAACUCCAAUUGCUUAAUUGGUAGUAGAAUCUAGAAUGUAAUCAUCUUUCUGGAAGACACAUAUUAUCCGAAUAUAUGAAUAACAACUUGU